GCUUCCAGUUACAGCUUCGUUAGUUGCACGAGAAAACAGAAAAGACAGGCAUUUGGACAAAAUCUUGCAAAUACUAGAGAGCGGCCAAUGUCUUACAAAAAAUGGAUACAAAUCACCAGAGUGCAAGCAUGAGAUAUUAUCUGGCUGCAUUACUAUCGAACAUCGUGUGGUUAUCCCGACUUAACUUCAAAAACUGAUCCAGGACGAACUACACAGGGCCAACUUGGGUAUAGUAAAAAUGAAGGGUAUUGCACGCUCUUUCGUCUACCAGCCAAGAAUCGAUAGGGAUAUGGAGAAUGUGGCAAAAACAUGCGAGCUCUGUGGAAAACAUGCGAAUCGACCUCCUAAAUGCUCCGAUCACUAUUGGGAAUACCCCAAGUCGUCUUGGGAGCGCACUCACAUCGACUUUGCGGGACCAUUCGAAGGUGCGAUGCUUUUGAUUGUUACGGAUGCAUACUCAAAGUUGUUGGACGUUAAGGUCACAAAGUCAAUUACGUGUCCGAUAACGCGACAACUUUCAUUUCGGCAAAAUUCAAGCAAUACCUCACAUCUGUUGGCGUCAAAUACCACAAGCAAUCAGCGCCGUAUCACUCCGAAACGAACGAUCAAGCAGAAAAAAAUAAAACGUGCGCUAAAGGCAAUGGGAACGACACACAACACACUUAAGAGAUACGUAAACGAAUUCUUACAGCAACACAGAAACGCUCCGCAUAGCACAACUGGCGAAAAGCCAGCGAAAAUUUUCUUGGUGGAUACGAGGAAAGAUCGUUCAUUAUGAAAUUCGACACAACAACAAAUACCAUAAAAGACAUAUCAACCAGAUACGAGGGGAAGGAAGAAAGACAACAACAACAUUACAUAGAGGGAAGGAAUCCAGAAAAUACACCUUACUACACAGCAGUGAACAUCAGCAAAACUAUAAACUCACCACCUGCUUAUAAUAUAACAGAUCAGAGACCAUAGCUAAAUACACGAAUUGAGAAAUUAC